GGCUGGGGUGGGUGGGGAGCUUUUGGGGAGGACAGGUCGCAGCUUGGCUAUGGAAGGCUCCAAUGGCUUUGGGAUCGACUCCAUUCUCUCCCACCGCGCGGGCAGCCCCGCCCUUCCCAAGGGGGACCACUUGCUCGGGGACUGCCGCUCGCCCCUGGAGCUGAGUCCACACUCGGAGAGCAGCAGCGACUGCUCUUCACCCGCCUCGCCAGGGAGGGACUGUCUGGAGGCGGGCACCCCGCGGCCUGGCGGGGCAUCCGGCCCGGGUUUGGACUCCCACCUGCAGCCCGGGCAGCUCUCUGGCCCGGCCCAGUCGCGCACCGUCACCUCCUCCUUUCUGAUCAGGGACAUCCUCGCCGACUGCAAACCCCUCGCGGCCUGUGCGCCCUACUCCAGCAGCGGGCAGCCCGCAGCCCCUGAGCCCGGGGCCCGCCUUGCGGCCAAGGCUGGGGAGGACUUUAGAGACAAGCUGGACAAAAGUGGCAGCAACGCCUCAUCAGACUCUGAGUAUAAAGUGAAGGAGGAGGGCGACCGAGAGAUCUCCAGCUCCCGGGACAGCCCCCCGGUGCGCCUGAAGAAGCCUCGAAAGGCACGAACGGCCUUCACCGACCAUCAGCUGGCGCAGCUGGAGCGCAGCUUCGAGCGGCAGAAGUACCUGAGUGUGCAGGACCGCAUGGAGCUGGCAGCCUCGCUCAACCUCACGGACACGCAGGUCAAGACCUGGUACCAGAACCGCAGGACUAAAUGGAAGCGACAGACGGCCGUGGGGCUGGAGCUGCUGGCCGAGGCAGGCAAUUACUCGGCGCUGCAGCGGAUGUUCCCGUCGCCUUACUUCUACCCGCAGAGCCUGGUCUCCAACCUGGACCCGGGCGCCGCGCUCUACCUGUACCGCGGCCCGAGCGCGCCGCCGCCCGCGCUGCAGAGGCCGCUGGUGCCCCGCAUCCUCAUUCACGGACUCCAGGGCGCCGGCGAGCCGCCCCCGCCGCUGCCCCCGCUGGCCGGCGUCCUCCCGCGCGCCGCGCAGCCCCGGUGA